AUGGACAUCACCAACCAUUCUAUACCUAUCCUAAAUAACAUAGUUUCUGCUCCAAAAUUUACAUCACCAACAACCAAAAAAUUAUCUGAACUUGAAUCUCAUACUGUAGACUUUAUAAAGAAACAUCCUAAUGUGAUUUACACUCACGCAGAUAAAGGUAAUGUUACUGUCGCACUUGACAAAGAUGUUUAUGUUUCUAAUAUGAAUUCAUUAUUUAGCGACAGUAACACAUACGAGAUUAUCAAAAAAGAUCCUACGAAAAAACUUACAUCAUCUUUAAGAGUAAUGCUGACUGAAUGGAAGAACAAAGAUUAUAUAGAUGGUUCUGAAUAUAGAAAAUUGUAUUGCAGUGAUGGUAUGCUUCCGAGAGCCUAUGGGUUGCCAAAGAUCCAUAAACCAGAUUGUCCAUUAAGAAUUAUAGUCUCUUCAAUAGGGAGUCCAUUGCAUUCUUUGGCUUCCUUUUUACAUGAAAUUCUUUAUGAAACAAUUCCUGUGGCAGAUAGUAAUAUUAAAAAUAGUUUUAAGUUAAUUGAAAAAUUGAAGUGUUUUAAUAAUGCAGAUGGUUUUGAAUUGAUUUCUUUGGAUGUGGUUUCACUGUUCACCAAUGUUCCUAUCGAUAUUGCGUUGGAUUGUAUUGAUGAACAGUGGUGUUACAUUUCGAGAGGUUGUCCAUUGCCAAGGGAAGAAUUUCAGAAAGCGAUUAAAUUUGUUUUAGAAUCAACUUUUUUUGUUUUUGAUAACAAGACAUAUAGACAGUAUUUUGGCACACCCAUGGGUUCACCUUUGUCACCUAUUAUCGCUGAUUUGGUGAUGAGGAGAUUGGAGACUGUGACCUUGCCACCAUUCAGAGGUGACCUUCUUUUUUAUUUUAGAUAUGUGGAUGACGUUUGUAUGGCAAUCUUAGCGGAGAAAAUUGAUACUCUUUUUCAAGCUUUUAAUUCUUUUCAUCCUCGACUUCAGUUCACACUGGAAAUAGGAGGAGAUAAGUUGAACUUUUUAGAUACCACUAUUUCUAAAAUUAAUAAUACAUUUAUUUUUUAUUGGUACCGCAAACCCACAAAACAACUUUUCUGGUAG